GGUACAAAUCAUUCUCAAUUUAAAUCAUAAAAUAAUAGCACUAACACUAAAAAUUAGUAAAAAUGCAGUGCUGCUCACGUGACACUCGUCUUAUGGACGAAGAAUGUGAGAUACAGGAACCUCAGGUAAGGACCAUUGGAACUGUUGCCGACAGGUCCCGCGCUCAGGAAAUUGGCCAAAACGUCGAAAGGCAAUGGGUUGCAGUCACUACCUACCAACCAGUGGACACUGUCACUAAGACUAUCGAGAUCCCCGUUGUUAAAACCGUGGAACGUGUUGUGCCAAAGCCUAUCAUCCAGGAACGUGUCAUUCAAGUACCUCGCGAAGUUACUCAAGUUGUUGAGAAGGUUGUAGAAAUUCCCGAUGUCAAAUUUGUAGAGAAGAUCAUUGAAGUGCCUCAAAUCCAAUACCGCAACAAAUUGGUACCCAAGGUUGAGGUUGUUGAAAAGAUUGUCGAAAAGCCACAAAUCAUUGAACAGUGGACCGAACGUAAGGUUGAAGUUCCUCAAAUCAAGGAAGUCGUACGUUACAAGGAAAUUGACGAAACUGAAGAAAUCAUUCGUUACUACCCCAAGGGACAUGGUAACAUCGACUGGGACAAGGAAUGCGAAAAGGCUCACAUCAUGAUCCCCAACGAGGUCACAGAGAGAUCUUCAAACUAAACUCGCUUACCCGGAUAAAAUGUCGCGGAUUAAUGUAAAAGACUGUGCAUUACUCUCUCUACUUCCACAGGCGCUAUCAGCUCAAACUGUAGCGAUGCGCUCUAAUGUACGCAUUCUGACGUAAUAUAUUUGCUUAGUAGUCUCU